GGCGGGGCCUACGGUCGUCGGGGGCGUGGCCUGGGACACGUGGUACGGAACGGGCUGUCUCCCAGGCGCUACCCAAGACCUACCUGCCUUUGUCCUGAAAGAUGUCAGCCCUCAGUACUGUGUUCCAGUAUAUUGAUGGGAACCAGGACCGCUACAUUAAGAAACUCACAGAAUGGGUGGCCAUCCAGAGCGUGUCCGCCUGGCCUGAGAAGAGAGGGGAGAUCCGGAGGAUGAUGGAGGUCGCUGCUGCCGACGUCCAGCGGCUGGGGGGCUCGGUGGAGCUGGUGGAUAUCGGGAAGCAAAAGCUCCCUGAUGGCUCGGAGAUACCACUUCCUCCCAUCCUGCUGGGCAAGCUGGGAGGUGACCCCCAGAAGAAAACAGUGUGCAUUUACGGCCAUCUGGACGUGCAGCCCGCGGCCCUGGAGGACGGCUGGGACAGUGAGCCCUUCACCCUGGUGGAGCGAGACGGCAAGUUGUAUGGGAGAGGAUCAACUGAUGACAAGGGGCCAGUGGCCGGCUGGAUGAAUGCUCUAGAAGCCUAUCAGAAGACUGGGCAGGAGAUCCCCGUCAAUGUGCGAUUCUGCCUGGAAGGCAUGGAGGAGUCAGGCUCCGAAGGCCUGGAUGAGCUGAUUUUUGCCCAGAAAGACAAGUUCUUUAAAGAUGUGGACUACGUCUGCAUUUCGGACAAUUACUGGCUGGGGAAGAAGAAACCCUGUAUCACUUACGGCCUCAGGGGCAUUUGCUACUUUUUCAUCGAGGUGGAAUGCAGUGACAAAGACCUCCACUCGGGGGUGUAUGGCGGCUCUGUGCACGAGGCCAUGACAGAUCUCAUUUCACUGAUGGGCUGUCUGAUAGACAAGAAAGGGAAGAUCCUCAUCCCGGGCAUCAACGAGGCCGUGGCCCCCGUGACCGACGAGGAGUGCAAACUCUACGACCACAUCGACUUCGACAUGAAGGAGUUCGCCAAGGACGUGGGGGCGGAGACCCUCCUGCAUGACUGCAAGAAAGACAUCCUGAUGCAUCGCUGGCGGUACCCAUCCCUCUCCCUCCACGGCAUCGAAGGGGCCUUCUCUGGGUCAGGAGCCAAGACCGUGAUUCCUAGGAAAGUGGUCGGCAAGUUUUCCAUCCGGCUGGUGCCAAACAUGACCCCUGAAGUCGUCAGUGAGCAGGUUACAAGCUACCUGACUAAGAAGUUUUCUGAGUUGCAUAGCCCCAACAAAUUCAAGGUGUACAUGGGCCACGGUGGGAAGCCCUGGGUGUCCGACUUCAACCAUCCUCAUUACAUAGCUGGGAGAAAAGCUCUGAAAACAGUAUUUGGUGUUGAACCAGACUUGACCAGGGAGGGUGGCAGUAUUCCUGUCACUUUGACCUUUCAGGAGGCCACGGGCAAGAACGUCAUGCUGUUACCGGUGGGAUCAGCAGAUGAUGGUGCCCACUCCCAGAAUGAAAAGCUUAACAGGCACAACUACAUCGAGGGAACCAAGAUGCUGGCUGCGUACCUGUACGAAGUGGCUCAGCUGAAGGACUGAGGGGUCCAGCUCUCCACGGAGUGCCCUGCCUGCCCUCUGCCCUCGCCUUCUGCCAGCUUUCUUGGGAAACUGGGGGUUCCCUGCCCCCCUUUGUUUUCUCAGGUCGCAGGCAGACUUGUAAGAACAGCCACACAAAAGCAGAGCCAGCUGUUUCAAACAGCUGGAAAUGUCUAGUCCUAGGGGCUUCUUAGGGACAGCCGACUGAGCCCCCGAGGGGUUCUCAGAGGUGGCCAGUGUGACAUCUCCUCUGGAAAGCAGCCGGAUCUGUAGCAGGUGCUGGUUGUCAUGGCACUGGGAAGUACCGGUCUGCUUCGGGUGGUGCACACUUGAGAUGUUCAGAAGGGAAGUGAGACUGGUCAGGGGCUUCUUAUGCCACGAAAGAGUCUCUGUGACCCCUCACUGUCCCGUGAUUCCUUUCUCACGGCCUUAGACCGACCAUCACGGGUGGCCCCUCCUGUCGCAAUCCCUCAGAACCUAACCCGACAGUCCUGGUAAAAGCACCUGCCCAUCUCCUUCUGUGCUGCUAAUAAAGGUGACGGUGAGCCUCUGGA